AUGUCUUCUGCCAAGAAGAACUAUGAGAUCCAUGACAAGGAGCUCCUAGCUGUGGUCACUUGCCUUACUCAGUGGCAACACAUGCUAGCUGGACUACCAAGUCAACUGGUCAUCCUCACUGACCAUGAAGCCCUCAAGUACUUCAAGUCCCAGAGAUGCAUCACAGACUUCGACUUCAUACUGCAGUAUCAACCAGGAGACAAGGGUGGUGAGCCUGAUGCUCUCACCAGAAGGACUGACAUGCAACCAGCUGGUGAAGAGCAGGAUCACAAUUGGAGGAAGGUUGGUUAUCCCCAAAGUGAUCAUGCCAGGGAAGACCAACAACUGACACUCAAGGAGUGCCAAAGAGGAAGAGAUGCUACCAUCAAGGCAGCUCAACGACACUACUGGUGGCCAAACAUGACAGCUUGGAUUGCAGACUAUGUAGCAAGUUGUCCUGUGUGUGCUAGGUACAAAGCUCCUCGUCACCAUCCAUAUGGUUUGCUACAGCCACUAGCAACACCAGACAGGCCCUGGGGCUCCAUAUCCCUCGACUUCAUCAAAGGAUUACCACCAUCAAGGAACUAUGACUCCAUCCUCAUCAUUGUUGACAGGCUGACCAAGUUUGCCAUACUAGCUCCAACCCAUAAGACAGUCACGGCCAAACAGACUGCAGUGUUGCUAUACAGACACAUGGUUAGACUUUUCGGAUACCCAGAUCACAUGGUCUUGGACCAAGGCAGGCAGUUCAUAUCAGGAGCAUGGAAGGCAAUCACAGAACAAAUGGGUGUGAAGCACUCACUUAGCAUGGCCUACCAUCCUCAAACUGAUGGUCAGACAGAGAGGGUCAAUCAGGUCAUAGAGCAGUACCUAAGGAUGUACUGCAACUAUGAGCAGAAUGACUGGGCCAACCUGCUGGACACUGCAGCCUUUGUAUACAACAACAUGGUCCACAACAGCAUUGGUGUCUCACCAUUCUUUGCAUGCUAUGGAUGGAACCCUAAGGCUCAUCCUGAUAGCCCUCAAUGGUUGGGAGUCAAUGACCCAGGUUGCUUUGAGUACCUCAUGGAUGGGAAGGAGCAUUGCAAGUACCUCCAGGAGCAGAUCAGAGAGGCACAAUGUAGAUCAGUAGACCAGUAUAACAGGAAGCACAAGGACAUCGAGUUCAAGGUGGGUGAUAUGGUCUAUAUCAACUGUCGAAACUGGAAGACAAGGAGACCCACACCCAAGUUAGAUACCUGGUUUGCAGGACCCUACCCAGUUCAGGAAAGGCCCACCAUACCAUCACUUCCAGAUGAGGACCUCGACUUUGAAGUUGAAGCACUCAUCAACAAGCGUUCACACAAUGGGACUACAGAGUACAAAGUGUUGUGGAGAGGGUACUCAGAAGAAGCUGCUUCAUGGGAACCAGUAGAGAACCUCAACUGCCCUGACCUCAUCCAGGAGUAUGAGGUGUCGGAGGGGGGAUGA